CUUACACAUUUUCAUCGCCACCACACAACAAAAGAAAUACUUACAUUGUCCCAAAAAUGAGCUUCUUUAAGUCACUUCCUGCCCUUUCAUUCCUUUUUGCCACUCUUUACUUCACUUUUGCCCGUGCAGCCACAUUUGACAUAACCAACAAAUGUACUUACACAGUCUGGGCAGCAGCCAAACCUGGUGGAGGCAGACGGCUCAACACCGGCGAAACCUGGACCAUUAGUGCUAAUCCAGGAACUACAGAAGCUCGCAUUUGGGCUCGAACCAAUUGCCAAUUUGAUGCUUCUGGAAAAGGCAAAUGCGAGACUGGUGACUGUAACGGUCUUCUAGUUUGCCAAGGCUACGGUGCAGCACCUAACACUCUAGCCGAAUACGCACUUGACCAAUUUGAACAUCAAGAUUUUAUUGAUAUAUCUGUUAUUGAUGGGUUCAAUGUCCCUAUGGAGUUUAGUGCAGCUUCAGGAAGUUGUACACGUGUAAUCAAAUGUGUUGGAGAUCUUGUAGGACAGUGCCCUAAUCAAUUGAAGGUCCCUGGCGGGUGCAAUGGCCCUUGCCCUCAGUUAAAGACUGAAGAACAUUGCUGCAAUUCUGGUCUGUGCUGCAAUUCUGGUAACUGUGGCCCUACAGAUUUGUCAAAGUACUUUAAGGAAAGGUGCCCUGAUGCUUACAGUUACCCUAAAGAUGAUCCUACAAGUUUGUUUACUUGCCCUACUGGAACUAACUACAAGGUCAUUUUCUGCCCAUGAAGCUUUACUAGAUACAAAUAUGGCAAUUUGAAAUAAGUAAGUGAUUUAAAAUAAGCGAGUGUUUGAGCACAUGUAGUAUUGUGCAGCUACUGUAUUACUUACUGCCACUGGUCAUUUGAGCCACCUUAUAGGUGAACUGAAAUAAUAUUUUUAAUUAAAACUA